UGCUAUAGUGCCCUUCUUCUUCUUCUGUCUAAAAGGUUCUUUCUUUCCCAUUUUGUUGUCCAAAUGCUUUGAAAACCUCCCUAGAGUUCCUUUGAUUCUCUCCGGUUCUCAUUCUCUAAAGUUUCUUACGAUCCUAGGCUUUUUGUUUAGGGCUUUGAUCCACUGAUUCGAGAUUUACAUUAGAGAAGAAAUUGUACCUUAUUAAAAUUAUUUAUUUUUCUACAUACCGGAGGGAACAAAGGGGCUUCUGUGCUGUUGAUUGUGUUGGGGGUUUCCAUGACUUAUUAUGAGGAAGAUAGUAGAGACGAGGUGGUACCGGUGCUGGGGAUCAGAUUUGAGGGCGAUGUUGAAAAUGGGGGUUAUGUGAAAUUGAAGACUGGACCGGGAGAAUGUGUGCCGACGGAGGAGUUGGAUGGCUCGUUGGAAGAAUCUUCUGCUGUAAAAAGAAAGCCUUGGUGGUUUUGGGCUCGUUUGAUUGUGUUGAUUGCAUGCGUGGUUUUGUUAACAGCGGUUUGUAUCAAAUGGGUCGGUCCCUAUUUGAUGGAUAAGGAGAUCAUUCCUCUUGUAAAUUGGGAGGCAACGACAUUCAGUGGUCCAGUUCUUGCAGUUUUAGUUUUUGCUUCUGUUGCCAUUUUUCCUAGCCUACUUCUACCGUCUACACCAUCAAUGUGGGCAGCUGGAAUGACUUUUGGUUAUGGCUUUGGGUUUUUACUUAUCAUAUCAGCAUCAGCUGUGGGCAUAUCUCUUCCAUUUUUUAUUGGUUCUCUUUUCCAUCAUAAGCUUCAGGGUUGGUUGGAAAAGUAUCCAAAGAAAGCUUCAAUUCUAAGAUCAGCUGGUGAAGGGAAUUGGUUUCAUCAGUUUCAAGCUGUAGCAUUGAUCAGGGUUUCUCCAUUUCCGUACAUCAUCUAUAAUUACUGUGCAGUGGCAUCAAAUGUUAAAUAUGGUCCAUAUCUCCUUGGAUCGUUGGUUGGAAUGGUGCCUGAAAUUUUUGUUACCAUCUAUACUGGGAUCCUAAUACGAACUUUGGCAGAUGCUUCAAAUGAUCACCAUGGCCUUUCAGCACCACAAAUAAUCUUUACUGCUUUAGGCUUUUGUGCUGCUGCAGCUACCACAACUUUCUUCACUGUGUAUGCUAAAAGAAAGCUGAAUGAUCUACAGAAAGAAGAUGAUUUACUCGUGCAAUAAGCUCUUUUUUUUUCGGCUAUAGGAAAACCAUCUGUUAUACACGAACCUGACCAAUGUCUCUCUUAACGGGCAUGGCGCAAAGAGAGAUGAAGUUUCAUUAUUAAACAACUUCAUCCAUGACAAACAGGGGUUACUUUAUUCUAAUGAUUGUAUAUAUAAAACAUUGAGGAAAGGACAGACAGACGGAGGAGGAAACCAGACAGUUUUGACAUGAUUGAAAUAUGUCACCACUUUAUUAUGUCUUCUUUGCUUCUCUAGCUAUCUGUCUUUGGUAUCUAUUUGGUCCCCAUGCCCUCCCAAUCCAACCCUUUUCUCUCUUCAUCAAUUAUUACUUGUAUAUGAUUGAAAUCUUACUCCUUUUUUUGAAGGAAUUGAAUUGACUUUGGCUUCAUUCUUGACUGUGAAUAUAAAUGGUUGUUGAUUUUA